AUGGCUUUUCCAGUGUUGGGUUUCUUUGUGUUUUUGCUGCUACUUGUUGGUGGCACAAUUGCAAGCAACAACGACGACAGUGCCUUUGAUAAAAAUUAUGAAAUCACAUGGGGAAAUGAUCAUGUUUUGUCUCUUGAUCAGGGGAGAGAAAUCCAGCUUUCGUUGGAUAGCCAUUCGGGGUCUGGAUUUGGAUCGUACCUAAAGUACAGUUCUGGGUUCUUUCAUAUGAGGAUGAAGAUACCAGGGAACAAUAGUACUGCAGGACUAACUUCAAAGACUAGUCGACAUGAUGAGCUGGACUUUGAGUUCUUGGGUAAUGCAGAAGGUGAAGCAAUCACACUGCAGACAAAUGUGUUUGUAAAUGGUGUAGGCGGCAGAGAGCAAAGGAUUCACCUAUGGUUUGACCCAACAUCACAUUUUCAUGAUUAUAAACUUCUUUGGAACCCUCAUCAAAUUGUGUAA